AAAAUGUAAAUAAACAAAUUUAUUUUACAGAAAUUCAUCUGUUUAAUAUGUAAUUAGGUGUUAAAGUAAAAUAUGAUUAUAUCGAUAAGUUUUUAGCUGUAUGCAUACAAUCAGACGUCGUUGACAAAGAUGUGACAUUCAAAUGCUGAGAUUUUGCAAAGUGGUUAUGAUGUCAAAUUGAUCACAAACUUUCAAAAUGACUGCAGUCACAUGUAGGCUUGUUUUACACAAAUGUAGAAUUCCUCGAUUCAACUCUCUGUACCCAGUUUAUUUCUUCACAUCAUCACGGACAUGUAGAGCAGGCUAUAAGAUACAAGAGAACCUUCAAGACUGUUACACUCUACUGAAUGUGUCUGAGGGGUGCUCCCAGGAGGAACUCAGACAGGCUUACUUGGCGAAGGUGAAAAUCUAUCAUCCUGAUAGUCAGUCUCCUACCGCUGAUUCCAAGAAGUUCAAUCAAGUCAAAGAGGCAUAUAAAGCAAUUAAGUCAAGACUAGAUGAGAGCGAUACAUUGGGACAGUACUAUGAUGAUGAUGACGAUGAUGAUGUAUUUAAUGUAAAACCCAUGCAAGCCCAACACAGACAGUAUCUGGACAAUGAGGGAUUUGGAUAUGGUAAUCGAGCCCAGAGACAGAAACAGUAUGAGCAGUUACGUGUGAACAAAGCCCAGGAGAAUGUUAUGAAGUAUAGAAUCAGGUGUAUCAUGCCUGAGGGAGACAAUGCUCUUGUAGCAAAGGAUCAGAAAGCUGCCAAGAAAACAAAAAUUAGUAACACUAUGGACCGCUUAGUGGAAGAUAUGAUAGUGGAGUCAAUGUCGCAAGGUCACUUCGAUAACCUUUCUGGUGCUGGAAAACCACUAGAUUUCAGUAAAGACAACCCAUACAUGGAUCGCACUACUCAGAAACUCAAUCAGAUUUUACUAGAUGAAGAUUUGUUACCAAACUGGAUUUCAAAACAGAAAGAAAUCAGGGAUGAUCUACAGAGAUGCAGAGAGAAACUAGCAAAGGACAUUAAAAGAUGUAAUGAAUGCUCUAACCCUAAAGACAAAGAGGAAAAAAUGGCUGCCGUCACAGAAACAUUCAGAACAAGCCUCGAAGAUAUCAACAUCAAAAUUUUUAAUUAUAAUCUGAUAGUUCCUGUACUAGAUAAACAGAUGAUGCCGUACUACUUUGAUAAAGAAUAUAAACGAGUGUGUAGUGAUAUAGAAACAUAUCUGCCGAAGGGUUACGACACAUCAUAUCAUGCUAGUCCUAUGACAGGGUAUGACCCUGUUCAAACUGUUUCAUUUAAAGAUAUAUGGACAGGAUUAAAAGACAUUUUUAGAAACAGUAAAAAGACUUAAUCUGUGAUAAUUGAAAUUUGACAGAGAAAUAUCAAAUUGAAAAAUUGUUGAUAUUAUGUAUUAAAAUAUUUUGUUAAACUUGUUAAAGAAACAGUACGGGGAAAAUAUCAUA